AUGCACGAAAGGGAAACCUUAAAGGCGUAUUCGGAUAGGUAUUGGGACGAGAUGGAUGAAAACCACGACGACGUCGCCAUCAGCACGUUCAAAAGUGGUCUCCCCACUGAGCAUGGUUUAAGGAAGUCUCUAACUGAUAAACUCAUUACCAGCGUUCACCAACUGAUGGAUAGGAUUGACAAAUACAAAAGGGUGGAAGAGGACCAGCUACAAGGGAAAGGAAAGGAGAAGAUCAUCCCUCACAAGGGGAAUGAUUACAGGUCGAAACGAUACAACAGUAACCAGCUGAGAAGAGAUUUUGUGAGACAGGCUAGACAAACCAACAUGCAAGCGGUUAAUGUCGUAUUCAGAGAGUUGGUGCAACGGGUUUUGGAGAAAGUCAAAAACGAGCCUUUCUUCAAAUGGCCGAGUAAAAUGGCCAAAGACUCCUCAAAGCGCAACCAGAAUCUGUAUUGUCAAUACCACCAAGACCACAGACAUACCACCGAGGAUUACAGGAAUCUAUGGAACCACCUGGAUCAGUUAGUCCGAGAAGGAAAAUUGCGCCACCUCUUACACCCCUCUAGCGGUCAUCUGGGCCAGGCAGUCCAAGAACCCCGGAAAGACGUAUCUUUGAGACCUCCCAUGGGUACGAUACAUGUCAUCCUCACCGCUCCGGGGAGGACCGGCUCUUUUCCCUCUAGGGUAAUAUUUGUGGCUCGGCUCUCCACCGAGGACGGUGAAAGGGAGUCCAAAAGAUCUAAAAAUGGGAACUCACCUGUGUUGGGAUUCUCAGAUGAGGAUAAGAUUGGAACCAUCCAACCUCAUGACGAUUCUUUGGUAGUUACACUAAGGAUUAAAGGGUUCGACGUGAAGAGAGUACUGGUAGGCCCGGGCAGUGCUGUGGAGGUGAUGUACCCUGAUCUGUACAAGGGGUUGAACCUAAAGCCCGAGGACCUAAUGGCUUAUGACUCCCCUCUUGUAAGUUUCGAAGGGAAGACUGUCACACCAAAAGGGCAGAUCAGACUGCCCAUACAGAUCGGAUCAAAGGUGGUAGAGGUGGAUUUUAUCAUGGUCGACGCCUACUCACCAUACACGGCCAUAAUAGCCAGACCUUGGCUCCACGCCCUGGGAGCCGUUUUUUCUACACUUCACCAGAAGGUAAAAUACCCGUCAGGGGGCCAAGUGGAGGAGAUUGGGGGAGAUCAAGCCAUGGCUAGGCAAUGCAUGGUGGUCGCCAUCUCACGCCAGUCCAGUACAGAACCCUCGGCGUCUGUGAAAGAGGACUUAUAG